AAACUUUCUCUAGAGAUGACAGCAGCCAGGAAACGUCAUCAAAUUUGCAGCGAAGGAAAAGUGCGAAAGUGUGAAUUCUUUGAAAAAUAUUUAGUUUUUCAGGCAGAUUAACUGCAAAAUUAAAAGUAAAUGGUAGAAAGUGUUCUUGUUCGCGCCCGUAACUUAAAUCCUAAAAUAAUACUGACGCCGGUUCAACAAAAACUCAGUUUUCCCAACUUUUUGCUACUAUCGCCAUACGCCCCCAAACAGAUUGGUAAAUCUUUAUACAGCAUUUCUCCAUUGUCAGAGCGCUGUGAAUGAUCUCUUCCGCCUCACCAGUUGGUCUGUUCGGAAGCGUAUACAACAGCCGAAACAGCAGUAGUAUCAAUACCAUGCAACAACAAUCCAGCGCCUCCGGCAGCAGCCCAUUUGCCGCCUAUUCAUCCUCUUCAUCCAGCCCACAAAUGGGCUUAGAUGUUGAAUUCGGUGCUGAUCCUGCGAGCGGCGCAUUCUUUCAAAGUGAAGGACGUAAACAUGAUGAUCUCAAACAGAUGUUGGACAGCAAUAAAGACGGACUGAAGUUAGAAGCCAUGAAACGCAUCAUCGGCAUGAUAGCGCGUGGUCGUGAUGCAAGCGAUUUAUUUCCAGCUGUUGUGAAAAAUGUGGUUUCCAAAAAUAUUGAAGUCAAAAAAUUGGUGUACGUAUAUUUAGUGCGCUAUGCUGAAGAGCAGCAAGACUUGGCCUUGCUCUCAAUAUCAACAUUCCAACGCGCAUUAAAAGAUCCAAACCAAUUGAUACGUGCCUCAGCUUUGCGUGUACUUUCGUCCAUACGUGUCAGCAUGAUUGUACCCAUUGUUAUGUUAGCUAUACGUGACAGCGCUAUGGAUAUGAGUCCAUAUGUACGUAAGACAGCGGCACAUGCCAUACCGAAAUUGUACUCGCUGGAUCCAGAGCAGAAAGAUGAAUUAGUGACGGUUAUUGAAAAGUUACUGUCCGAUCGCACAACGCUCGUGGUUGGUUCUGCGGUAAUGGCGUUUGAUGAGGUCUGCCCGGAGCGUGUGGAUCUAAUACACAAAAAUUACCGUAAGCUCUGUAACCUGCUGGUUGAUGUUGAUGAAUGGGGUCAGGUUAUAAUUAUCAAUAUGUUGACACGCUACGCUCGCACCCAAUUCGUCGAUCCGAACGUUGACGAGCCAGUCGACGACAAUGGUAAGCAGAACCAAGAUGGUGGCGCCGCUGGGGAAAAUUUCUACGAAGAAUCGUCAAGUGGUGACUCCUCCGAAGGCAGUGGUAAAGAAAAACGGCAGAAAAACAAACGAAAAAACAAGUCUGACGCAACGAAAGAGCGCACAUUUUCAUCAUCCUCAUCGUAUCAUGUGGAUUUAGACCAUCGUCUGCUCUUGCGUCAAACAAAGCCGUUGUUGCAGUCGCGCAACGCUUCGGUGGUCAUGGCUGUGGCACAGCUAUAUCAUCACGUGGCGCCGCGCAACGAAGUGCAAGUAAUAGCUAAAGCGCUAAUACGCUUGCUGCGCUCGCAUAAGGAGGUACAAAGUGUUGUGCUCACAUGCAUUGCAUCGAUGUCGACCAAACGCAAAGCCAUUUUCGAGCCACACAUCAAGUCGUUUUUUGUACGCACUAGCGAUCCCACGCACAUCAAGCUACUUAAACUGGAUAUACUAACGAAUCUUGCAUCAGGGUCAACUAUUGCGCUGAUUUUACGAGAAUUCCAAACAUACAUUUCCAGUAGCGAUCGGUCGUUCGUGGCAGCCACAAUACAGGCGAUUGGACGUUGUGCUGCCUCCAUAAAGGAAGUGACCGAAACUUGUCUCGGCGGGUUGGUACACUUGCUAUCAAAUCGUGAUGAACACGUCGUCGCAGAGAGUGUGGUAGUAAUAAAGAAUUUACUGCAGUCCAAGUCCGCCGAGCACUACGAAAUCAUCUCACAGAUGGCAAAGUUGAUUGAUUAUAUAACCAUACCAGCGGCACGCGCUUCAAUUUUAUGGCUCAUUGGUGAAUACAAUGAAAAAGUGCCGAAGAUAGCGCCCGAUGUGCUGCGCAAAAUGUCCAAAACCUUUGUGGAUGAGGAGGAUGUCGUCAAGCUGCAAAUUCUCAAUCUCGGCGUAAAGCUUUUCCUCACUAAUCCUGAACAGACUUCGCUACUCAGCCAGUAUGUAUUCACUUUAGCUCGCUACGAUUCCAACUACGAUGUGCGCGAUCGCGCACGCUUUUUGCGUCAAUUCAUUUUCCCAUCCAAUGGGAAAACCACCGUACUCUCGGAAAAUGCGCGCAAGAUUUUUCUCUCCGCGAAACCUAAGCCAGCGCUGGAGAGCAAGUAUUGCGAGCGCGAUCAUUUCCAACUCGGCUCGCUUUCCCAUUAUUUGAAUAUGCGCGCCACAGGCUAUAAAGAUUUGCCGCCAUUCCCCACUGAGGCGACCGAUACUUCUGUGCGUAACAUCGAAGGCUAUAUGCACGAGACCACUGCUGCCACUGCAAGCACCAGCGGCGCGGCAGCAAGCGGUGUAGCCACACGUACGCCACAGAAGCAAGGCGAUAAGAGCGCGCAUACAACUAAUGACAAGAAUUUCUUAUCGGAGUCGGAAAAGUCUUCCGCUUACUCGGAGUCUGGCUCCAGCAGUAGCUCUUCGUCCUCAUCAUCGAGUGAUGGUGAAUCCUCUGAAUCAGAAAAGGGGCAAGUGAAUGAUGUGGCUGCUGCAAAGCCCAAAAUACAGUCAACAGGUAGUGAGCCCAAGUCUGAUACUACCACUGUACUGGUAAAUAAGACAGCCAGCAAUGGCAAUAAUAAUGUGCACCUGAAUGUCAACAAUAACGGCGAUAAUGACUCGGGUACUUCCGAUAGCGAAUCUUCAUCGUAUGGCUCAUCUGAAAGCAGCACAGGUAGUGGCUCGGAAUCUGAAGAUGGUUCAGAAAGUUCCGAGUCGGAGACGGAGAGCGAAAAGCAACGCAAAUUUCAGCGUGUCAAAGAGAAGGCCAAGGAAACGAAAGCUAAAGAGAAGGAAAAGAAUGCGGUUGGGGACGAAGCGGCCGCAGCAGCAGCAGCACCGGUGAAAAGCAACCUGGAUCUGCUGCUAGACUUGGACGACAUACCGCCUGUUGGACCGGUAAUGACACCAUCGCUCGGCGGUUUCCUAACGCCUGCUACACCCUUAGGCGGCGCUGUUGGCCUGCUACCCGUCAGCGCUGCCAACCGCAUCGAACUCGUCGGCCCCUCACACAUCGAAUUCAAGCAUCGCGAACUGCUUAAUAAACUCUCUGGACACGGACUUCAAGUGAGCUACCGCUUUACACGCGGGCCACAUUUAUAUUCUUCCGCCAUGGUCUCCAUCGAACUGCAAUUUAUUAAUCUCUCUAGCACUGAAAUAACCAAUAUUCAUCUUAGCCAACAAACGCUGCCAGCUGGCAUGAAUCUCAAUGAGUUUGCACCUCUGCAGUGCUUGCAACCGCAACAAAUGGGCACUAGUGUGCUCGGCAUAGACUUCAAUGACUCCAUACAUGCCGUUGAGUUGGAAAUCACCAGUAGCGCCGGCAAGUCACGUGUCACACUCAAGCCACCGGUCGGUGAGCUAGUGCGCUCAGUGCAAAUUGGCGAGUCAUACUUCAAGGAAGAGCGCACCAAAUUGCGUGGCAUGAAUGAACAUCAGAGUCGCUUGCAGCUGCGACGGGAUGCAGUCGAUGUGGCAGCAUUGAAGAAACGCAUAUUCGAAUGCAUUAAUGUGGCGCCUAUUGCGACGAGUGAGGGCAAUAAUGAGCUGCUUUACUUUGCGGGCCAAACUAUGAACUCGAGAAGUCUGGUGUUAAUUACUUUGGACUGGCAGACAUCACAUGGCGAGCAGUUGGCUUUGAUGGUGAACUGUGAGAAAAUGGUGAUUGGCUCGAUGGUGUUGAAUGAGUUGCGGAAUGCGCUCAGCUUGGCUUUUCAGUGUUAGGAAUGGGUUGACCUGAAGGCAAAACUUUAACUGAAAUGAAAGUUUUUUUUAUAUGAUUUGUAUUUUAAGAAAAAGUUUAAUGAACAAAUUUGCUAUCAAAAACCAAACUCUGUUUCGGCUCCUUAUCGUCUAGCAUGCGCUCCUAAUUUUCGACGAAAUUGCUGAGCAAAAAAUAUUAAAUUAUAGCAUAAAAUGAUAAACCCUUUUUAUUUACGAUGUCUUAUUUCGGACGCGCCGAUUGAAGUAUACUUAAAAUUUGAAACUUUAAAAUAAGAGCAAACGUUUAAUUUACGACUAUUUUUUAGUGUUUAGGCUAUAAAAUUUUAAACCGAACUCUCAACGAAUACUUGUAUCUUGAUUUGCAAAAAAGGUAUGAAAAUCAAGCGCUGUUUUGAAAAGUACUUAAGAAAAAAUAUAUUUUUAUUUUUUGAUCGAUAUUUUUCUUAUUUUUUUGUAGCGAAAACAAUUGCUGAUUAUGAGUGAAAUAAAUGAAAUAAAAAGAAAAACUAUACAGCAAUAGGCCUCUGAGACUUAGCACGUCUUUUACAAGCGGCAUAGGAAAUCUGGAAAUUGCAGGUUGGCUGCAUGAGGUAAUGGUACUAGAGGCAUUGUUAUGCAUAUUACCUUAUCCGAUGGAAUAUGCAUGAAAGUGUACUUCAAAAACUUUAGAAAACGUUCGAUAGACAAGAAAUCAUAAGCUCUUGUAUUAUGACAUUCAUAAGCUUACAGCGCUUGAUUUAAAUAUAAAAAUCUCCGAAAUUAUUCGGAGUGUUGCUGGGGUGACCGCUGUGGUUGCUUUUAAAUAUGGUUCGAUUUGGACACUCGUCAAAAUGGUCGCAUAUUUGUCAUGAAAUUUGUUCUAACACAGUCCUUUUCACACGAUUCUACUAAAAACAAAAAUAUGUCAGUAGGCAAAAUAACUGGCAUUCUAUAAAAGUUUAAACAAUCUAAAAGUUCAAAAGUUUAUAAGGAAUCGUCAUACAGAACUGUACAAAUAUCCAAAAGCUUAAACAAAAAUGGAUACAGAAGUUAUUAAAUAGGUGACUCUUAAACUCGGAACUUGGAAGAUUUUCAUCCAUGUUCUGACGGCUCAUCCAAACUUUUGAGACCUUCGAGGGUUCUUUAAGAUUAAGGGAACAUCUCUAAAUAAAAUAUUACUGCAAAUAUGUUGAGAGCUCACUGUAAAAUAAACUUUCAGAAGCAAAGCUCCAAUAAAUAAAAAUAAAGUUUAAAUGAUUUAAAAAAAUUAACUGAUUAAAAAAUAGACUACACCCACUACCAUAAGGAUUGCUAAUCGCUUAAAGCUUAAUGCACACACCUUACUUCAAUGGAAUGGCAACAUUUUUUUUUUUCAAGAGCGAGCAUCCUACAUAUGGUGCUUGUAGAACUAAAUGUGCCUAUUUAAAUGUAGCGCGAGGUAUAAUAUAAAAUUCAACGUCCAGCCAAUAUUAUUGCAAUGAUAAAUCAUCAUAGUAAGCUAAAUAAAGCGUAAGCAAAGAUAAUUGCCAAAUUUCUGCCAGCAUAAAAAACGAUUAAUAUUAAACACUUCUAAAUACUAGGGCUGGGAGUUCUAUCCGUAUUUUUUCAAUUUCCGGAUGUUCGAAUAUCUGGUUAAAGAAUCCGAUUAACAAAAUGAACGGAUAUUAAGCGUACGUAAGAACAGCAUAAAAAACGGAUAUUAGCCAUAUAUUCGGAUAAUAAAAAAUGGCGGAUCCCAACGUAUAUGCGAAUUUUAUACGAAUAUACGAAGGCAUAUCCAUAUAUAUGGAUAGUCCCAGCACUACUAAAACUAAAAAAAAAAUUGUUUUUAUGCUCCGAAAAAAAAAUUAAAAGAAUACGUAUCUUUAUCUAAACUACUCUGCUGUUGUAAAUCUGUUGCCUUUAUGUGUAUUUGUAAAUGGUCAAAAUAAAUAUAUACAAAGAUUUUAGAUGUAUGUUCGCGCAUUUAUAAGCUAUGCAUUGUGUCUGCAUAUUCUGAAAGCAAAAGCAAAUUUAACUUGUGAGGCCUUUUCUUGCUCUAUAACAUUAAUCGAAACGCAAAUUUGUGUGCAAUGUAUAAAAAAAAAAAUAAAUAAAUAAAUACUAAAACUUCAGCAAAACGUCA